AAAUGAGCGGAAAGAGCAGUUAUCAGUAACUUCUCACACCUGAGUGUUGAAACGUAAUCGAGUCAGUUCCUACCCUUUAAAAGUUAAAUUUUCUCUAAUUUUUUAUGAAGAGAAUGUAUACUAUUACAAACCGCGGUGGAAAAAGUUUUAUAAAGGAAUAUCGUAAUAGUACAGUUCUUCGGGAAGUUACUUUACAUAGUGUAAAUAGAGAAGUAGGACUGUCCGUGAUGGGCGAUGUAGAGGGGCCAUAUUUGUUGCAUGCAUAAAGUCGAGAUGUACUUCAAAACGGAACAUUGCUGAAAAAACAGUUCUAACGAAAAUGGGCAUAGUCUUUUAAAGAUACGUGAGAUAAUUCAGGUUUAAUUGUUGGAAAAACAGGCUAGGAAAGCAUAGACCCUUGUGUAUUUUUGAAUAUAUUUGUCUUCUACGGAGCCCUAGGCGAAGAACUGCGUAAAGACAGUGUUGGGGAGACUUACGUAGUCCAUCUAAAACCAGAGGUUACGGUUCGUCGGACCAUAUUUCAUAGGGUGUUUCCAGUAAAAACAGUUGGAAUACCUUUUAUAGGUAGUGCACGGUAUCUCAGUUGCGCAUACCUUGGUUUCACAGAAUUCAGGUAACUUACAAGAUUAUAUUAGUGUGAUUGCUGAUGAUUUUGAAUAAAUACAGCUUUUAUCUCAGGUGUGCCAUUUUGAAGACUGAGAUAAUAGAGUUUUAUCUUUAAGAAUAAAGGAGAACCCUUGGGAAAUUCCAUAUUUUAUAUAGCAAAAAUGUGGAUCCCCAGAUGGAAUGAAAGACCUAUACCAUAGACAUUGUUGAAUCAUUUACAUCCAGUCAGCUUGAAGAGUUUCAAAUGGACCUUACCAUUGAGAAAUCAAGAUGGCAGCCCACUAUGGGGAAUUGAGGAAAAUGGAUUAAUGCAAGAAUGCUGUGAUAUUAUACAACCAACACAGGGUUCUUUUAAUGUGGAUUCCAUGAAAUGAACGAUUCUUACCUAACACAAAUGGACAGUGGGAUUUACUUUCUAAAGACAUGUACAAUUUAACAUCUGAAGAAGAUGCUACAUUUAUUCAAAUAGAAGUUUGUAUUCCUGAAAUUUCUUACAAUUUCGACAUGAGUGACCUUAUGGAAUGUUAACUUCAAUAAAAUAUCUAAAACUUAAAGAUUUCUCAGUUUGGCCCUUUUUUAAUUUUUUUUUUAAGUGGAAGCUUCAGUGUUGAUUUCCCCUCAAUAACAUCUUGACUUACAGUUGCUUUUUAUUAAAUUAUAUGGAAUAAAGUUGGUAAAAUGGAAUAGUGGGCUUUAUCAAAGGUGUGUCAAUGAACCUGUGCUUAGUGGAGUGGCCCUUUGGUUAAAAAGCAAUUGGUUGAUGCUUUUUAUUGUAGGGUUUAAAUGAAUUUCAUUAAAUUUGUUUGGGUCUUCUCAAGACAUCUUGUAUUUGAAUCAGUGGGUACAGGAAUGUUGAAAGUGUCAUAAGAUUACAAUGGAUUUACAAAACAAAGUACUUAUUGCCUAUAUAGACUAAGACCAAGUAUCUCAAUUUGUGUUUAUGAAAGUAGUCUCUUUGACUUGUUUUUUUUUUUAAGUAAAGCAUCUUGAAGAUGCUCAUCUGAUAUUUGAGUUAUACUGUUGUUUGUAUUGUCUAACAUUAGAUGUGUAUUUGUAGGGCCUUAAGGUUAUACACCAAAGAGCUUAGUCUUUAACAGUCGUCUAAUUUACAUUUGAAAAAAAAUCUUGCUUUCCUUCUUCAGAGUUGGGAGUUUAAAUGAAUUACACCAUACUUUACAUUACCCAUGGUUGGAGUCAAGUUCCAGGUUUUCAUUUAUUGAUAUUAGCAACAGUUUUGGUAACUAAUGUAAAGGAAUAAUGGGGAUUUGUUUUGUUGACCAACUGACCAUUAUGUUUUCUCAGUAUAGAGAACAAAGAACAAAUGUAAAAUAUCUUAGAAUACACAUCUAUGGUUAAUACACAUGCAGUGUUUGUUGAAGUAGUUGGUUGAUGUUUUGUGAAUUGAAAAAUGAGUUGGAUUUUUUAUUUGGAUGUAAAAAUAUCUUUAGAACUGAAACUUGAUUAUGGAUUUUCCAUUUACUUAGACUUAAUAUGAUUGCUUUGGGUUGUGAAUCUAAAAUGGAUUACCACAUUGAGAAUGAUGACAUGGUUUUGACAAAUUAUAGGGUUUAGUAAAGGAAUGUUUUGAGUUUUUAGGGCACAUAUGGUUGGUUACUUGUGUGCAAUUAAUUGUAAUUUUGUUUCUAUAGAUCUUGUGUUUCCACCUUUAGGGAGUUUGUCUUUGAAAGUUUGAUAAUUGGACGUUAGAUGUGGCUUAUUGUAAGUGACCUGUCAUUGAGAAAUAUGAGUGUAUACUUAGAAUUUGAUUUGAAAUCUGAGUGAAAGUUGUUAUACUGGUUCUCUUGGUUUUGGAGGUGAGGUUGAGUUUUUUGAUUUAAAGGUGCCCAUGGUUGGUGUGUAUUUUGUAUUUUGUAGUUACUCAUUUUGUCCAAAUCAGUUAAAGAUACUUGUGUAUGAGAAUUUUUUGGUAUGUGGCGUCUCCAAGGUUAUAUAAUGGGUUAAAGAAUUUUGAUGAUGGGGUGGUUGUACUAAGUUUUGUUCUACCGCAGCUGAGCACUAGGGAGGCGCUCUUGAGUAUUAUAAGAAAAUUACCCCUUCCAGUUAGGGUGGAAAAUUCCCCCUUAAACUUAAGUCUUUAGAUGGUUUUUGGGGACCACAUAGAAGGCAAGAGUUGAGCUUAAUUUAUGGUGUUGCUUCUAUUUUCAAGCCAUUUUACCCAUCGGGGCACUAAUUUUUUAAAAGAUUAGUACUUAAGAUGAGCUUUAGAGUCUCUAAAAAUUAUCCUUAUUUCAAAAUGGCUUGAUAAAACACCACUUCCUGUCCAGGGAGGAAGUUAUUUUAGCUCAAGGACUGAAAUAUUUAGCAGAUCUUUAGACAAAAGGAACAAAUUACAUUUCUCUCUGGCUUAAAAAGGGUGCUUGAGCCAGAGGGGGUUAAGAAGCCCUUCCCCCUCCCUCUUAUGGAGUGGUCUGGAGGGGCAGGGAGGUGUGGGGUUGGGGGGUCUUAAGGCUCCCUUGGAUGGAGGAUCUAGUUUUUUCUUUUUUUUUUUUUUGGUGGAGAUGAAGGGGUGGGUCUAUGGUACAUCACCUGAGUUGUGGGGUAAAUGUAGAGAGUGUCAAUCAAAGGCAGAGCUCUCAGAGCUGGGAAGGAGGCUCUAGAUGGCGGCUGUGCCUUAGAGAGAGCGCGCUUUGCUCCUGCUUCGGUUCACUUUACGCAACUUUCCCUAACUUUCGGGCAGCCUCAGGGGGCCCCCGCAGCCCCCUGCCUCUCCUAGUGACUUACUGGGGUCGAUUCGAACCUUUUUUUGGGGGAAAAGCAGCUUUUAGAAGCUUUUUUUUCGUGCCUUGUUGGAAGAAGCUGCCGUAUUGAGAGCCCAGGUCGUUGUUUUUUCCAGCUUAGAAGCCAUGGCGCACCUCCAUUUUUGUGCGCUCUCCUAAUGAGGCUUUUUUUUCACCUUCCGGACCUGUUUUAGUAUUAAUUAUUGCUUUAUUUUUUGACAAGUCAACAUAUUCGAAGACUAUUUCAUUUAUUUUUUGUUUUUUAACGGAGGAUUUUGCGUUAUUUUUAAUUAUUUUGGAUCUGGUAUUUUUCUACUACUAGAUAGGAGUCUUGCUUUGGACAUACUGCAUGGAUCAGUAAAUACCUGGGCACAGGACUUCAAAGCAAACACAGAUUCCCCCUCCCCCUUAUAUUUAAGAAUUAAAAGAUGAUGAGAAAUAAGGACAAAAGCCAAGAGGAGGACAGUUCGCUACACAGCAAUGCAUCGAGUCAUUCGGCCUCUGAAGAAGCUUCGGGUUCAGACUCUGGCAGUCAGUCGGAAAGUGAGCAGGGCAGCGAUCCCGGCAGUGGACAUGGCAGCGAGUCCAAUAGCAGUUCUGAAUCUUCUGAGAGUCAAUCAGAAUCUGAGAGUGAAUCAGCAGGUUCCAAAUCCCAGCCAGUUCUUCCAGAAACCAAAGAGAAGCCUGCCUCUAAGAAGGAACGGAUAGCUGAUGUGAAGAAGAUGUGGGAAGAAUAUCCUGAUGUUUAUGGGGUUAGGCGGUCAAACCGAAGCAGACAAGAACCAUCACGAUUCAAUAUUAAGGAAGAGGCAAGUAGCGGGUCUGAGAGCGGGAGUCCAAAAAGAAGAGGCCAGAGGCAGCUGAAGAAACAAGAAAAAUGGAAACAGGAUCCCUCAGAAGAUGAACACGAACAAGGCACCAGUGCAGAGAGUGAACCAGAGCAAAGGAAAGUAAAAGCUAGAAGACCUGUUGCCAGAAGAACAGUGCCCAAACCUCAAGUUAAAAAGCAGCCUAAGACUCAGCGUGGAAAGCGGAAAAAGCAGGAGUCUUCUGAUGAUGAUGACGAUGACGAUGAAGCUCCCAAAAGGCAGACUCGACGAAGAGCUGCUAAAAAUGUGAGUUAUAAAGAAGAUGAAGACUUUGAGACUGAUUCAGAUGAUCUCAUUGAAAUGACUGGAGAAGGAAUUGAUGAACAGCAAGAUAAUAGUGAAACAAUUGAAAAGGUCUUAGAUUCAAGACUGGGAAAGAAAGGAGCCACUGGAGCGUCCACCACAGUGUACGCUGUUGAAGCUGAUGGAGAUCCCAGUGGCGACUUUGACACUGAGGGGGAGGAAGGUGAAGUCCAGUACCUUAUCAAGUGGAAGGGCUGGUCUUACAUCCACAGUACCUGGGAGAGCGAAGAAGCCUUACAGCAGCAGAAAGUGAAGGGCCUCAAGAAGCUGGAGAACUUCAAGAAGAAAGAGGAUGAAAUCAAACAAUGGUUAGGAAAAGUUUCUCCAGAAGAUGUUGAAUAUUUCAAUUGCCAACAGGAACUGGCAUCAGAGUUGAAUAAACAGUAUCAGAUAGUAGAAAGAGUAAUAGCUGUGAAGACAAGUAAAUCUACAUUGGGCCAAACAGAUUUUCCAGCUCACAGCCGGAAGCCGGCACCUUCAAAUGAGCCUGAGUAUCUAUGCAAAUGGAUGGGACUGCCUUAUUCGGAGUGUAGCUGGGAAGAUGAAGCCUUGAUCGGAAAGAAAUUCCAGAACUGUAUCGACAGCUUCCACAGCCGGAACAACUCCAAAACCAUUCCAACAAGAGAAUGCAAGGCACUAAAGCAAAGACCACGAUUUGUAGCUUUAAAGAAGCAGCCAGCAUACUUAGGAGGGGAGAAUCUGGAGCUCCGGGAUUAUCAGCUAGAGGGUCUCAACUGGCUUGCUCACUCCUGGUGCAAAAGUAACAGUGUAAUCCUUGCUGAUGAAAUGGGCCUAGGAAAGACCAUCCAGACCAUAUCAUUUCUCUCCUACCUGUUCCACCAGCACCAGCUCUAUGGGCCCUUUCUUAUAGUCGUCCCCUUAUCCACCCUCACUUCAUGGCAGAGGGAGUUUGAAAUCUGGGCACCAGAGAUUAAUGUAGUGGUUUACAUAGGUGACCUGAUGAGCAGAAAUACGAUAAGGGAAUAUGAGUGGAUUCAUUCUCAAACCAAAAGGUUGAAGUUCAAUGCACUUAUAACAACAUAUGAGAUCCUCUUAAAAGAUAAGACCGUGCUGGGCAGUAUUAACUGGGCCUUCCUGGGAGUAGAUGAAGCCCAUCGGUUGAAGAAUGAUGACUCUUUAUUGUAUAAAACUCUGAUUGAUUUCAAGUCCAGCCAUAGGCUACUGAUCACAGGCACCCCUCUUCAGAAUUCCCUCAAGGAACUUUGGUCCUUGCUGCACUUUAUUAUGCCGGAGAAGUUUGAGUUCUGGGAGGAUUUUGAAGAAGACCAUGGAAAGGGGCGAGAGAAUGGCUAUCAGAGUCUUCAUAAGGUACUAGAGCCUUUCCUUCUUCGGAGAGUCAAAAAAGAUGUGGAGAAAUCCCUUCCUGCCAAAGUGGAGCAGAUCCUCAGGGUGGAGAUGUCAGCUCUUCAGAAACAGUAUUAUAAAUGGAUCCUGACCAGGAAUUACAAGGCUCUUGCCAAAGGAACAAGGGGCAGCACAUCUGGCUUUCUUAAUAUUGUGAUGGAGCUGAAAAAAUGCUGCAACCACUGCUACCUGAUCAAAGCUCCAGAGGAAAACGAGAGGGAGAAUGGCCAGGAGGUCUUGCAGUCUUUAAUCAGGAGCAGUGGAAAACUGAUUCUUCUAGACAAACUGUUGACAAGACUCCGUGAAAGGGGGAACAGAGUCCUUAUUUUCUCUCAGAUGGUGAGGAUGUUGGAUAUUCUGGCUGAGUACCUGACUAUCAAACACUAUCCUUUCCAGCGCCUGGAUGGUUCUAUCAAGGGAGAAAUCCGAAAGCAGGCAUUGGAUCACUUCAAUGCAGAUGGUUCUGAGGACUUCUGCUUCCUGCUCUCCACACGGGCUGGUGGCCUGGGAAUCAAUCUGGCUUCAGCGGACACAGUUGUCAUCUUCGACUCUGACUGGAACCCCCAGAACGACUUGCAGGCACAAGCCCGAGCACACAGAAUCGGUCAGAAGAAGCAGGUGAAUAUUUACCGCUUGGUUACAAAGGGGACUGUGGAAGAGGAGAUCAUAGAACGGGCCAAAAAGAAGAUGGUGUUGGAUCAUCUGGUGAUUCAGCGCAUGGACACCACUGGCAGGACAGUCCUUGAAAACAACUCAGGGAGAUCCAACUCUAACCCUUUUAAUAAAGAAGAGCUGACUGCAAUCUUGAAAUUUGGAGCAGAGGAUCUCUUCAAGGAAAUUGAAGGAGAAGAAUCAGAGCCUCAGGAAAUGGAUAUAGAUGAAAUUUUGCGCUUAGCUGAAACCAGAGAGAAUGAAGUGUCAACUAGUGCCACAGAUGAGCUUCUGUCGCAGUUUAAGGUUGCUAACUUUGCAACAAUGGAAGAUGAAGAGGAGCUAGAAGAGCGCCCUCACAAGGACUGGGAUGAAAUCAUUCCAGAAGAGCAAAGGAAAAAAGUGGAGGAGGAAGAGCGACAGAAGGAGCUAGAAGAAAUUUAUAUGCUGCCACGAAUCCGUAGUUCCACUAAAAAGGCUCAGACCAAUGACAGUGAUUCUGACACAGAGUCUAAGAGGCAGGCCCAGAGAUCUUCCGCUUCCGAGAGUGAGACGGACGAUUCUGAUGAUGAUAAGAAGCCAAAGCGCAGAGGGCGCCCCCGAAGUGUGCGCAAAGACCUGGUGGAGGGUUUUACGGACGCCGAGAUCCGAAGGUUCAUCAAGGCUUAUAAGAAGUUUGGUCUCCCUCUUGAAAGGCUGGAGUGCAUAGCACGUGAUGCUGAGCUAGUGGAUAAGUCUGUGGCAGACCUGAAACGCCUGGGGGAACUGAUUCAUAACAGCUGUGCGUCAGCUAUGCAGGAAUAUGAAGAACAGCUGAAAGAAAAUGCCAGCGAAGGGAAAGGACCAGGCAAGAGAAGAGGCCCGACAAUCAAGAUCUCUGGGGUUCAGGUUAAUGUGAAGUCCAUUAUCCAACACGAAGAAGAGUUUGAGAUGCUGCAUAAAUCUAUCCCUGUGGACCCUGAGGAAAAAAAAAAAUACUGCUUAACCUGCCGGGUCAAAGCGGCACAUUUUGAUGUCGAGUGGGGCGUGGAGGAUGAUUCUCGUCUGUUGCUUGGGAUCUAUGAACAUGGUUAUGGAAACUGGGAGCUAAUUAAGACAGACCCAGAGCUAAAGCUCACUGAUAAAAUUCUGCCAGUGGAGACAGAUAAAAAGCCUCAAGGGAAGCAGCUGCAGACCAGAGUGGACUACUUGCUGAAGCUGCUCAGGAAGGGUCUGGAGAAGAAGGGCACUGUGACCAGUGGGGAGGAGACCAAACUAAAAAAGCGGAAGCCUCGAGUAAAGAAGGAAAACAAAGCUCCCAGGCCGAAGGAUGAGCACGGGCUUGAGCUGUCGUCUCCAAGACAGUCAGACAACCCGUCUGAAGAGGGAGAAGUGAAGGAUGAUGGCUUAGAAAAAAGUCCAACGAAAAAAAAGCAGAAGAAGAAAGAGAACAAAGAGAACAAAGAGAAACCCGUGAGUUCUCGGAAGGACAGGGAAGGAGACAAAGACAGGAAGAAGUCCAAGGACAAGAAAGAGAAGGUUAAAGGUGGUGAUGCCAAGUCUUCAAGUAAAUCAAAGCGAUCUCAGGGUCCCGUCCACAUUACAGCAGGAAGUGAGCCUGUUCCCAUUGGGGAGGAUGAAGAUGAUGAUCUGGACCAGGAAACCUUCAGCAUUUGCAAAGAGAGGAUGAGGCCUGUGAAAAAGGCACUGAAACAGUUGGACAAACCUGACAAGGGACUCAGUGUGCAAGAACAGCUGGAACAUACCAGGAACUGCCUGCUUAAAAUCGGAGACCGCAUAGCCGAGUGCCUUAAAGCUUAUUCAGACCAGGAGCACAUCAAAUUGUGGAGGAGGAACCUAUGGAUUUUUGUUUCCAAGUUUACAGAAUUUGAUGCACGAAAACUACAUAAGUUAUAUAAGAUGGCUCAUAAGAAAAGAUCUCAAGAAGAGGAGGAACAAAAGAAGAAAGAUGAUACGCUUGGUGGUAAGAAACCAUUUCGACCAGAGGCCUCGGGCUCAAGCCGGGAUUCUCUGAUGUCUCAGUCCCAUACCUCACACAACCUUCAUCCUCAGAAGCCUCAUUUGCCUGCUUCCCAUGGUCCACAGAUGCAUGGACAUCCAAGAGAUAACUACAGUCACCCCAACAAGAGACACUUUGGUAAUGCAGAUCGAGGAGAUUGGCAGAGGGAAAGAAAGUUCAACUAUGGUGGUGGUAACAAUGCUCCCUGGGGCGGUGACCGGCACCAUCAGUAUGAGCAGCACUGGUACAAGGAUCACCAUUAUGGUGACCGGAGACAUAUGGAUGCACACCGUUCUGGAAGCUACCGGCCUAAUAACAUGUCCAGAAAGAGACAGUAUGAGCAGUACAGCAGCGACCGAGACCACCGGGGACACAGGGACUAUUAUGACAGGCACCAUCAUGACUCUAAGCGGAGGAGAUCAGAUGAUUUUAGGCCCCAGAAUUACCACCAGCAGGAUUUCCGACGAAUGUCUGACCACCGACCCCCGAUGGGUUACCACGGUCAGGGACCCUCAGACCAUUACCGCUCUUUCCACACAGACAAGUUGGGGGAAUAUAAACAGCCCCUGCCCUCAUUGCACACUGCAGUCUCAGACCCUCGCUCACCCCCUUCCCAGAAAUCUCCCCAUGAUUCCAAGUCACCCUUGGAUCACAGAUCUCCUUUGGAGAGAUCACUAGAACAGAAAAACAACCCAGAUUAUAACUGGAAUGUUCGGAAAACAUAAAGGACAACUCCAAAAGGGGAGAUUGCAGGAGUCACCAAGCACUUGGACGUUUUGGUCUGGUCCAGCAGUGGCCAGUGGUGAGGCUGGUGAGCAGAGGUUUUGGAUACGCUGCUGCUGAAUCCACUAACUGGCGGCUGAAGGAGCACUUGAAGGGGUUGGAGGCCUUCGUCUGCUGCUUUGAUUUGGUCUCCACUCCUGCACUUUGGCACCCCAUCCCAUCCUAGCCGAUUGUGGCCUCCCACCUCCGUGGGUGCUAGGAGGAAGAGGUGACUUCAUGUACCAGCUUCAUUGGGCUGCUUCCCCUGUGAAGGAAUCGGGGAUCUUGAGAGUUAAUGAAUGUUAUAUUCAGCAUGAGUGACCAGGGCAAGGAACUGCUGGACAGCGUGUGAUUGGUUCACUAUGACAUGAGGGAUGCUGCUGAUGGGAACUGGGAGGUCACAGGGUAGGGAGUGGGUGUACCCCUCAGAUGUGUUCUUGGGAGAAACGAUUCACUUGGUCUCAUUAUGUGAAGUGGGGUGGGCAUGAAGACACAGGAAACAACUUCUGCCCCGGCCUCCUCCCUGCCAACACUAAUUUUUCCCGUGCUAUCUUUGUACAUUUCAAAGGUUUGAUCUUCCUUCUUUGUCAGGGGAAGCUGGAUCUCUCUGGCUGAUUUUAGAGUACUGUGACUUGGCGUCAUCGAUGCCAGCGUGGGUCUUACUUGUUUGGGGAAUGGGCCGUGUGGGUGUAGGGGUAGAGAUGGGGGGCUGGGGUAGUGUAAGCAGGAAAUAGGGAUCCCUGGUGGGUUUCUGAUUGCUGCGUUAGAACGGAAAGUCACAAGUCCUGGAGAUGGAAAUGGAGGUGGCCUGCUGGUGAGCCCAGUUGCUGAUGUGGGGAAGGGAUUCCUAAUGUGGGCAUUGAUAGUGCCAGCCAGCAGGGAGCUUUCAGUAUUGGAAUGGGUUAGCGAAUGUAGUUGCAUCUUAGUUCCUUUACCCAGCUUGAAGAGGCAGGCUAUACAGACCCACACAUCUUGACAGCCGAGGUGUAGUCAGGUGACAGUAGCUACCUGAGGUGGUUACGUUUCCAUUGCCAGUUGGGGUUCAGUUGAAUCAAACCUUGUUUCUUUAAGAUCUAUAGAGUAUAAACCUAAGUUAAAUUUUCCCCAAAUCCCAAGCAUCCAUGACUGGGGUAGCUGAACUGUGAGAUGGCAGGAGGCCUGUUAGGGUCAGAUUGGAUCGGGUUGGGGGGAGGGUGGGCGCUGAUGGGUUUGCAUCAUUGAAUGGCUUUUCUCAGUGUAUGGAUAGCUGGGUCAGGCCUUUGGUUUUACUCACUUUCAGUAUAGCUUGCCAGUAUUGUAAGGCUAUCCAAAGCCUUUCUAGAUGGAGACAGGAAAACUGACUUGCACAUAUGGUAUGGUGUGCCUCUAUAAAUAGAGUCCAGGCUCAUUCUGAGUUGAUGAAAAGUCUUGAUUUGGAUAUACAUAGGAUUUGACUCUCUGAACUCCCUUGGGGAUGGCGUGGGCAGUACCAUUAAUGACUUUCCCAUGACAAGCUUGAGUUGUGUCCUUGAGUGCAUCAUCUGGUCAUGGCAUGGCUGUGGUGGGCCAUUGCUUCUGCUACUUAGAGCCAUGGACCUGGCUGUGCUGAGUCAGCCCCUGGGCUAGUGCUCAGUAGACCGUCACCUUCUUGACUUCUCGUGGCACGUGGGUCCUUCACUUUGACCAUGUGCGUGCAUGACUUGCAGUAGAGCCCACUGACUGCACUGAGUCCCCUGGCUGUAGUCUCCUGCCUGGUGGCCUGCCCUGACUGACUCCUCACUUGAAGGCUGAAAGUCAGGUCUGCGUUGGCCACACAGAGAAAAGUGAACCAUAGAUGGAGCUUCUUGCCGAUAACACCGACACUCGUGUGUUUGGCUUGCUGGGCUCUUUGGUGCUGGGGGUGCGGCAAGAACAGGAGGUGCCUGUGGAAGGGGGAGUCCUUGCCUUUCCAUACUUACCUAGGUCUGUCUUUCUCUCAACUUGUUGGUAGAAGUUACAAGUUAUUCUCAAAGAGGUCUCAUCAUGAGGAAAAAGGAACUUCCUUUUGUUCACAUUCAGGACUAACGUGCCAUAAAAUGUAGCAAAAGGCAAUAUUGGCCAGAUCAGUGUUACAUAGAUUGUAAGAUUACAGUGUCUCCCAUCAAGCAUCUGGUUUAGGUGUUGAAGUGGACUUGAAGAGUGGCUUGGGAGGAAGGAGGCAUUCCUCUUGUCUCUAAGCCAGUCUGUACAUCAUAUGCUUACAACAGGAAUAAGCACAGGUGGGAGAAGCUGCCAGGGGAGUUGGGAGUUGUGUUUGAACCUAGCUUUGGGCAGCUCAUUGUGAGGAAAUGGCAGGACUUGAGGAAAGAGUGAGUGUUGCCAAGGCCUGAAGUACUGUGAUGCGCUGUGACCUAGAAAAGGAAGAUGAAGUCACUGCUGAUCACUGUCCUCACUGGCCAGCCUGCAGGAGCCCAAUCUCAUGGUCCUUCCUUGGACUCUGUAGUCAUUCCUUGAGCCCCGCAAAGGGAACGCAAACAUUUCUCACUGUGCUGCUGGUGUUCUGACCUGGUGUGGCCGCAGCUACAUUAGGCUUUGCAGAGUCAAGUGUUCACACACAGCAACACUGAAAUCCUAUAGACCAAAACCCACUUGUCAGCAGGAGCCAUGUCUGGGCCCAGGUGGUCUUCUAGCUCACCUGAGACCAGCUGUGUUGGGUGACGAGAGCCAUGCCAAGGGUCCAGGCUGCUUUAGUCCAUCUGUGUCCUACCCAUUUGGGGACAGGUGGUUUUUCUUGUAAACUUGUGGACUUUUGAAACCUGUUGACUAAACAGUAAUUAAUUUAUAUUUGUGAAAAAUGCCACUGUCCUAGUGAUUUCUGAUGUAAAUAAUGUUGUUUAUAUAGUAUGUAUUAAAUUUUCCUACAUUGUAAAA